UCGGACGAUUUUUAGGAUGCUGGCUCUUCAAUUAGGUGUUCUGCUGCUGAUACUGCCUGCUUGUCUUCAGGCUGCCAGAAUUUUGGCCGUAUUUCCGUUUCCAGGACCAUCGCAGUACAUCAAUGUGGUACCCUAUCUAAAGGAAUUGGCUUCACGGGGUCACCAGGUGACCUCGAUUAAUGCCUUUCCGCAGAAGAAACCGGUGAAUAACUUUAGAGAUAUUCCCAUACCGGAAGUGUUUGAAAAUUACAAUGAUAUCAUAAAUGAGCUGAACGAUCCAAUGAACUUGUGGCAGGAGAACAAUUUCGUAAACAAAUUCUUUGUGGACGUCACCCGCUCAGUUCUCACUAACAAGGAAGUGACCGAAACCCUUUUGCCUCCUGGAAAGGAUCACUUUGAUCUUAUUAUUGUGGAGGCUCUUCGCUCGGAUGCCUACUACGGAUUUGCGGCUCACUUUAAUGCACCUAUUAUAGGCAUUUCCACCUUUGGCACCGACUGGAAUAUUGAUGAACUGGUUGGCAAUGUAUCACCUCUGUCGUACAUUCCCCUGGUAACGGCGGGUCUUACGGAUCGAAUGACUUUCGGGGAGCGUGUGACUAACUUUAUAGAUACAACCAUUGCCUGGCUCAACUAUAGAUUGGUGCAUAUGCCAGAGCAGGAGAAAUUGUACAAGAAAUACUUCCCCGUGGCCUCAAAAAGGGUUGCUCUCACCGAUUUGAACAGGAAUUUCUCCCUGGUGCUUCUCAAUCAGCACUUUUCCCUGAGCUUUCCCAGGCCCUACGUUCCGAAUAUGAUCCAGGUUGGCGGUCUGCAUAUAUCCCACAAGCCUGCGCCUUUGCCCAAGGACUUGGAGGAGUUUAUUCAGAGUUCCGGGGAGCAGGGCGUGAUCUACUUCUCCCUGGGCUCCAAUGUUAAGAGCAAGGAUCUGCCGGCAGAGAGAAGGGAACUAAUUCUGAAGACCUUUGCCAGUCUGCCCCAACGAGUACUGUGGAAAUUUGAGGACGACAAGUUGCCUGGAAAGCCCUCCAAUGUUUUCAUCAGCAAAUGGUUCCCUCAGCCGGAUAUCCUGGCCCACCCCAAGGUCAGGCUCUUCAUCACCCACGGCGGCUUGCUGAGCACCAUCGAGAGCAUUCAUCAUGGGAAGCCCGUUUUGGGUCUGCCCUUCUUCUACGAUCAGUUCUUGAAUGUAAAGCGGGCAACGCAGGCAGGAUUUGGAUUGGGCUUGGAUCAUAAGGCAAUGACCCAACAGGAAUUUAAAAGGACUAUCGAGCGGUUGGUCAAGGAGCCGAAAUUUGCGGAGACGGCGAGGCAGAUAUCGGAUCGAUAUCGGGAUCAGCCCAUGACUCCUCUUGAGACUGCCAUCUGGUGGACAGAGUAUGUUCUACGGCACAAGGGAGCUUACCAUAUGCGAGUGGCUGGCCAGGAUUUGGGUUUCUUUGCCUACCACAGCUUGGAUGUCAUAGGAACCCUCUUUGCAGGAGCUCUCCUAGUUCUCUCAAUCACUCUCUAUGUUUUAUGGAAAAUUGCUAAGGUAGCUGGUUGUGGUAACUCAAAGAAAAAGCAAAAGACCCAUUAGAAAGUGAGACAAAAAUUGAACUUUUACGAUGUGGUAAAGCUGUGUAUUAAACAUAGGUAUAAAUAAACCAAAAUCAAAAUUA